UGGCCACUGCGCUUGCGCCUGCGACUCCGCGGGGACGCGCCCGCCCGGUGGAUCGCGCAGCCGCGGGGACUCAGUGAAAACUGAAGGCGCGCGAGGGGAGGAACGCGGGAAGCAUGAAGAAAGGGGCUUCUUACGAGCGGAAACCGGCAUGGAUACCGUCGGGGAAGGCGGGAGCAGCAAAUGGAUUUCUUAUGGAAGUGUGUGUAGAUUCAGUGGAGUCAGCUAUGAAUGCAGAAAGAGGAGGUGCUGGUCGGAUUGAAUUAUGUUCUGGUUUAUUGGAGGGCGGAACUACACCAAGCAUGGGUGUUCUUCAAGUAGUAAAACAGAGUGUCCAGAUUCCAGUUUUUGUGAUGAUUCGACCACGUGGAGGUGAUUUUUUAUAUUCAGAUCGUGAAGUUGAGGUGAUGAAGGCUGACAUUCGUCUUGCCAAGCUUUAUGGUGCUGAUGGUUUGGUGUUUGGAGCAUUGACUGAAGAUGGAAACGUUGACAAAGAGCUAUGCAUGUCUCUUGUGGCUCUUUGCCGUCCUCUGCCAGUGACUUUCCAUCGAGCCUUUGAUAUGGUUCAUGAUCCAAUGGCAGCUCUGGAGACCCUUUUGACCUUGGGGUUUGAACGUGUCCUGACCAGUGGAUGUGACAGCUCAGCACUAGAAGGACUGCCUCUGAUAAAGCAACUCAUAGAUGAGGCAAAAGGCAGGAUUGUGGUAAUGCCAGGGGGUGGCAUAACAGAUAAAAAUCUGCAAAGGAUCCUUGAGGGUUCCGGAGCUACAGAAUUUCACUGUUCUGCUCGGUCUUCUAGAGACUCGGGAAUGAAAUUUCGAAAUUCCUCUGUUGCAAUGGGAGCGUCACUUGCUCAUUCAGAGUAUUCAAUGAAGGUAACAGAUGUGACAAAAGUAAGGACUUUGAAUGCUAUUGCAAAAGAUGUCCUAGUUUAGCUAAACUUCUGAGAGACGUGGCUAUCACAGUGUGAAGGGAGAAGUUGAAUCUACAGUUCUCUGACACAGCAUUAGCCUUCCCCAUGGCUAUGGAGUAUGUGUCUAAGAAGAAAAAGAAAUUGGAACAGCAGUGCAAUCGCUUUCUUUGCUCGUCAUUGCUGUCAUCAUGGGUAAAUUUAGUCUGUGCUUCUUCCACAGAGAGAGGCUUAGUCAGUGUCCAGUGGAAUUAACUGAUGAACUCGCAAAGUUCAACUGUAAAGUAUGAAUCAGCGUUUGGUUUGAGGUCAAUCUAGUGUCACUUU